AUGCAAAUAGUUAUUGAAGACUGUUUUAAUAUUGAUGAAAAUAGUAAUGAUAAAACAGUUUUUGAACUAGAGACUUUUGAAUUUAAUGAAAUAGACAUAACAUAUAAAUUUAAUAGUGAUAGUAAUUUCAGUGAAUUUAAAA